AUGGUUACUGCAUUUGGGUUGAACAAAAAGUAUAAUUUUUCAAGAAUCAUCUUCCAUUACAUGAAGGAGAACAUUACUUCUGGCAGCAAAACCUGGAUUUAUCCAAGAUUUGUACAAAUGAUUCUUGAUCAUGCUUAUCCGGAUUUAGAGAAAGAUGAAAGUAAUGAUUUGUUGGCAUUGUAUCAUAUGGAUAAUGAGACGUUGAUUGUAUUAUCCAGGUAUCACAAAAAUCAUCCAGAAUCAAAAACAAAGGCAGGAUUCUUUGGAUUCAUCAAAGAUGCUAAUUACAAAGAUCCAGAUCCAGUUGAUCAUCAGAGAUGGAGAAAUGAUAAAGAGAUGAAAGAACCGAGUGCAGCUGAUGAACUUACAAAGUUAGCAGAUUUCAAAGAAACUCGAAAUGAGUGGUUUUUGAAAGAAGAAAAGAAGAAAAGGAGUAGAAAGACAACUCCUAAAGUUCAAGUAGAAGAAGGUUCAUCUUCACAACCUAAAAUGAAGCGUAAAAAGAAAGUAGUUGAGACUAUGCUGGUCGAUGAACCAGAGGAAGAUGAAACUGAAGCAGAUACUGAAAGAGAUCAAGUUCGUUUAUCCCCAGAAUCUGAACGAUUAUUGAAAGCUCUUAAUGAAAGUUUUGAAGCAGAUAAAGCAACUGGUGAGGAAGGUGACAAUGAAGAGAAAAGUUCAUCAAGCUCAUCUGAAUCAGAGAUUGAUGAAAAUGAACAGCAUGUUCAAAAAGAGGUUCAAACACCACCGUCUGAGGGUAGGAAGAAGUCUAAUGCAAGGAAACGUGUUCAAUCUCCAGCUGCUCGAAAGUUGACAAUCAAGUUGAAUCCUAAACGUGCAUCAAAAUCAAAGCAACCUACUCCACCAAAACAACCUACACCACCAAAACAACCUACACCACAACAACAACCAUCACCACAUCAAUCACCACCACAACAACCAUCACCACCACAUUCAUCACCACAACCCCGUAUCUCUACACCUACACAUGAACAACCUGUUAUCACCUUACAACAUAUUCUACAAACACCUCCAACCACACAAUCACAAGUACAAACCACUCCUUGUUCUUCUGGUUUCAAGGAUUUUCCACGUGUUCCUGAGAAUAUUGGUCUUGAAGAUAUUGGAGAUUUCAGUUUUGUGAACGAUGAGCUUGUGAAGAAGCUGCAACAGAAGGUAGAAGAAGUAUUAGUUGAGAAUAAGAAAUUGGUAGAUCGUGAAAAGAAGCUAGAAAAGCGUGUAAAAACAGUUGAAUCUGAAAAUUCCUCACUGUUGAAAAAGGUUGAAGCUGAUCAAGCUGAGAUUGAUAUUAUGAAAGUUAAAAUUCAGAGUUGGAAGAGGAAAAAGCUCGCAGAGAUGAGCAGAAUGAAUAUUUCAAGUUAA